AUGCCGCUCUCAUCAUUGUGUCAUGAUACUCAAGACGCAGCACAGAGAGGCGUCGGUGACCGCAGUCGUUCUCAAGGAAGACAAACCUCAUUGCGCCCGACUGCGUCGUGUGUGGGGAGAGGCAGGGCAAGCCGGCGGCCCACCACGACAACGCCGUUUCUGCAGCCCGCUUUGCAUCGUGAGGUGCUCACUUCCUCUGCCUCGCCUUCGAAGUCGAUCAGCAUCACCCCAACAGGCACGCAGGGUGCGCCGUCGCAGGAUCAUGUGUCAGACGCUGAGGAUGCAGUGGUGUCGACUGCUGUGUUGACAUCGACUGCGCUGGCGCAGUCAUGUGUUCAAUCGGAAGGCCCCGCCAUGGCUUUCCGGUCGCCGUCGCCGUUGGGGAGCUGCGACGACUCGCUCGACGGCGACUCAACGGCCGUGUCCACCAUUGUCUCCGGAUCCGUCGUGCAGCAACGUCCUCGUGUGGCGUCAGCGAUCGUCAUGUCGGGUGGUCACGCAUCCUGGUCCAUUUCUGGUCGUUGUCCGUCGGUGCAGUCGUUUCAGAGCCGUUCCACGAGCCACUCGACGACCAAGGCGAGGGGCCUCUCCGGUUCCUUGUCGUCACAGCAGGCUGCUGCGCUCUCGUCGCCAAAGUCGUCGAGCUUUUCUCACCUCCGCCCGCUUCCGUCGAGCAAGGAGGCGGAUUACCUCAACUUAGCCCAUCAGCGCAGCUUUAUUGGACGCUUCCGCUGUGCGACUCCAGUGGUGAUACGCACGCCAGCUGCGGCUACGUCGCAUGAACGUCCUGCACCGUUCACCACUGACGGUUCCGCGCCGUCGCACAGGCACAGCGGUAAAGCGCAUAAGGGGACGGCGGCGGCAUCGGUGUGUGUCGCCGCCGCCGAUGCGACCGCUGAGGGCGGCCGCACGAGUCCCUCCGCCGCUCCUGACGGGCGCGCGCAAGGUGUCGAGGUCGAGGCGCAGCAUGCCGUUGACGCGCCCCCUCAUCACACGGUGGCAGCCCGUCAUCCUUCCUCUCUCGCUGCACCGGCUAGGUCUCCGCGGCAAUUGGGGCGCCGCGUGUCUGGCUCUGGGGCGUCGAUGGCCAGUAGUGGGACGGCAGGGCGCAGCACUGGUCGGGGUCGGGCGUUGUCGCUCCUCAAGGGAGCGCGCCCGCGCGGUCUUCUGCCUUCUUCAUCGGCGUCUGCUCUCGUGCGGUCGACUGGAGCAACGGCGCCUGCUGGGUUGAAGGGCCGAUCUUUCGCUGCCGACGGUGGCCUGCUCGCCGCGAACAUGGAGCCGCUGGUGAAAUCGGGCUUGCACACGUCUCUGUGGUUGGCUCAGCAGGAUGGCGGACUGGAGGUGCGUAGCAUGGCGAACCCCAAUCAAGUGCUGGCGAGUCUUCCGCGCCGCGACCCUCGAGCCGUCAUCACCUCCCUGACGGAAGUCUGUGGCAGCCGCGUCGUCGCCGGAUACACGGACGGUACGCUGUGCGUUUACGAUGCCGUCACGAUGAAGCUAACGGCGGAGCAUCGCGCACAUACGGCUGCCGUGACGUGUCUGCUCUACGUGCAAGGCGCCCCGCGCCUUUCCCUGCAUACCAGUGCCGACACGGAGCUGCACUGCAAGCAUGAGUCGGCCCCCACGCAGUCGCUCCUGCUCACAGGCUCACUCGACCGCUCCAUCGCCGUGUGGGAGGCCGCGAGCAUGUCUUACCUGCACAAACUGAAGGGCAAUCUGCGCAGCAUCGGCGCGCUUGCGGCGACCGCGACUGGCGGGUACGCUUUCAGCGGCUCUGACGACGGGACGCUGCGCAUGUGGGACGCGGUGCACGGCGACCAGCUCACUAUUACAAAGGAGGAGCGAGCAAAUGCCGUUAAAAGGGUCAAUGCGACGGACUUGGCCACAGCUGAGCCCCCGCCGCAGCCGCUGGUGGUGGCAUCGACCGCUGUCCCUGUUGCGGCAGGGCAGCCGAACCGCUCGGUGUCUUUCCAUGGGCUGCGCAGAGGAGAGGCCGCGGCAGAGGCGGGUCGAGGAGUGCGCGCCGGCAAGUCCAGAGUGCCCUCACCACGCGUCUUUCGCCAUCCGUUUCGGACCUCGGUGUCGGCGAGCACGAGCGGCGUCGCAGCUGCCCGCUCGCCUCGCUUUCCCACACCCCUGGCCGUGGCGGACGGUCACUACGGAGAUACGGACCGGGGCGCCUUUGCGACAUCACGCACACCGCAAAAUCUCAGGCGCGACAUAAAGAGGCGGGCGGAGGGCCUUCGAGCCAAGCGGGGUGCCGCCAUCGUCUUGGCCAACAGCGGAAGGGCGGCGAAAAAGACGAAAGCGAAAAGCGCGUCCGCCGCCCCGGCCGCCGGCAUGUGGGCGAAGCACAAGAAGGGGGCACGGAAGAGGGUUACGAAGAGUGCGACUUUGGCAGCCGAGCCGACACCGGUGCGGACGCGGUGGCUCGCGAACUCGUUGGAGCAGCGACUGGAAUCGUGGCUGCGCCUGUACCAGCAACGCGUGCUGCCCUCGGCGGCAUCUAUGCAGCUUAUGCAGCUGAUCGCUGCCGGGUAUGACGCGGUAACCGCGUUCAACUGGCCCAUCGAGUACGCGCACACCGAGUGCGUGACAGCGCUCGCGGUGGUGGAGGACCGCCUGCUCGUGAGCGCCUCGCGCGACGCCACAGCGAAGGUGUUUGCCUUGCCUUCUGGCCAGUACAUUCGUGGGUUGGCUUCGUCGCGCCGCAUGCCGCUCUCGAGUGUGCUCUAUGACGCCAGCGUUGGCCGCCUCUACACCGCUUUCUUAGACGGCGGCCUCGCUGUGUACGACACCCAUUGCGCCGAGUUGCCGUUGCUCUCCCAGAUGCAGUCACCGUCCACGAUUCUCUCUUCCACUUUUGUGCAGCUUCGCAUGACGCCGAUGCGGCGUUUCGUGUGGACGGCCGUCGUGUGUGGCGAGGAGGCCCCGGGCACGUCACUGAACGGCAGCGGCGGCCUGUCAUCGGUUGCUAUGGGCGCUGCUCAGUUUGAUAGGACCACCAUGGCGCAUGGCCCCAACCAAACCGCCACGAGCUAUUGUGUGGGCCAACCGUCGCUGCGUGAGUUGAACGCGGCCGUCUCGCUGCAGCCGCUACAGCAGCAGCGGGCGCUCAACCUUGCCAAGCAGGCGAGCCAGGCAACAAAUGACAUGCUGGAGGAGAUGGAGUUGUCCGACAUGCGUCGCUGCGGGCUCGUACUGGAGCGUGUAUACGUGCGCCGGCAGUUGUACUGCGUAUUUGCGCGUUGGCGGCAGUGGGCCCAGCGCCGCGCGUUGCGUUCGGAUUUAAAGGCCGCCAUUGCGGCGCGAGCGGAGAGCUGCGCAGUGACGCUGCUCGGUCGCUACACGCAACGGUGGCUGAACUGGACGCGUGCGCGGAAGAAGAUGUCUGCAAUGGAGGUGCUGCGGGAGGUGCAGUUGCAGGCAAGUGACGUGGUGCUGCUCACCGUCUGCAGCGAAGUGCGUGAGGGACGCCGGCGCGUGUGGUCGUUGGCGGCCGAUGUCAUGGGGAGGCAACAGCAGAUCACUCGGCUCGCCUGUGCGUACAACCGCUGGCUUGAGUUCCUUCGAGUCCGACAGGCGCAUCUGCGUCAGAGCGUGUCGUUCAACAAACUGCUCUUGUCGAUGAACGAGAGCUCCUACACCCCGGUCCGCUGCGCGUUGGCCCAGUUGACCCGAAAAGCAACACGGGUCGCAACCCAGUCGACUGCGCUGUGGCUUCUGACAGAGAAAACGCAGAGCAGUCAGGCACACGCGCGCCGGCGCCGCUGGUUUGACCUGUGGCGCACGUGUGCGCUGCAGCGUCGGCGCGUUGCCGCCUCCGCAGCGGAGAGCCGAGAAUGGGGUGUGGUGGAGCCGCUUUCCUCGUCGCUCGUUCAGCCGUGGAAGCUGCGCCGUCGCUACUUUGCGCUGUGGCAGAACUUUGCCCUGUACGUAACGCGCAGCGAGCGACUUGCCAGCGAGCGUUGCACACUGGGGGUGGAGUGGGCCACACUUCGGAAGACGUUGGAGAAGCCGAUGUCGGUGCGAAAGCUGAAAGAGAAGCUGAGCACUGCAGAGUCCUCCGUGGCUGCUGCGGGGGCAGAGGCGAAGCUCCUGGAGGCACGCCUAGAGACCGUGUCGAGUGAGGUGGACGUGCUGCGUACAGAGGCGGCGUUGAGCAAGCUCAUUGCCGGCUACCGCAUCCCGAGUGUGGUACAGGCGGCAACCCCGCUGUCGGCAUCCACGGCGUCUGCGGUGACGGAGUUGUCGUCCAUGGCCUCGCCGCGUCGCGGCUCGCUCGCGUUAUCGGCGUCGACAGUGUUGUCGAACGGCGGCGGUUGCAGUGGUGCGGUGGCCUGCAGCCACACGCCGAGUAUCACAGAUGCCGACUGGACGGAGGAGGAACACGCGCAGCGACAGGAGGACAAAAUGCUGUUUGAAGUGAGUGCCGUGCUGCGCGCACUCAAGGGCAAAGCCAUGCAGUACGACCGCGAUGAUAAGCUGCUGUCCACCGCGCACGCGCUCGCGCUGAGACUGCCCAUCUACGAGCUUGCACACCGCGCGCCGGCGAGCUUAGAGUCUAGUACAGGCCGGCACUCGAGCCUAUUGGCCCAGCAGCCGCGGGCGCAUCGCAUGCUGUCGGUGUGGUCUGUAUCAAACGUCAAGAACGGCGGGUCGACUGCUGUGCCAGUGCUUUCCUCGUCAUCGCAGCCGCAGCAGAAGCACCGGCCGAAUCGCUUCGCUGCUGGACCCGCCGGGAGCGCAUCACCUUCAUCAGUCACAGGUGCGCUGCCAACGACUUCGGCGACUGCGCACAACGUAGCCAGCGCAGCGCAGAUGUGGGCCGCCCAACCGGCGGAGGAGACGUACGCCUGCCUAGCGGACGCGUUCACGGCUGUCUACGCUAACCUGAGCGCGCUCUUGCGCGCUGCGGCGCUGGAGUGCGGUGCGCCGGGGCGGAUGGUCACUGGCACGACGGGGGCUGCCACAGGAGACGGUUCGAUGGCGCAUCCCGGUGUCUCGUGGAUCGCGCAGGUGCCGCUUAAGCAGCGCCGUGUCAUGAUUGGCGAGGUACUGAAACUUGUGACGCUGUUCGACAGCUUCACAGCGCACAACGACCUCCCUGUGGAGUGUGCGGGGAGCAUCUCGAAGCGGGGGAGGGCCAACACCCGCGCCAUGCCGCUCUGCAGCUUGUGUAGUCGCGAGACCGCCACUGCCUUGCUCGAGAACGCCUCGGUGCUCCUGGAGCUCGUUGACCCACACCUGUGGCCUCGCCAGAUCAAACUGAGCAACCUGCAAGACGCCUACGCCGCCGCGAUUGCAGAGUUGAACGCCACCGUCUCCUCCGCGGGCUUCAGCGACGCCGCCCCCCACAGCAGCACCGUCAUGACUCUCAACAGCGCGGGGAGUGGCGAGCGCGGCGCCUCGCCGGCCCCAACGCUGCUCGGGAUGCGGCCACCUGCGCUGCGCCUUUCCGAUGAGGUGCUGCAGGAGGCGAGGACAGCAAUGCUGCAACGUGACGCGAGAACGCUGGGCGUCGCAAAUUCAUUUGUUUCACUGUCCGUUGAGCAACGGACCAACCGCUCUGCCUCGAGCGUGCGCCGUGGACUGACGCAGAUGACGCCGCUCAGUACGGCGCACGGCUACGCGCCUGCGUACGUGCACAGCACCGACGAGCCGCUGAACACGUCAAAGAGUUUGGAAGAGAGGGGGGCCACGUCCACGGAGGAGUCGCAGCACCUGCAACACCGCAGAACCUCCCACAACUCAUACUUCAGCGUGUCGACUCCACGCUCCUAUACUCCACGCUCCUGUACCCCACGCUCCUGUACCCCACGCACCGCGACACUGUCGGUGACGGAGACAGGGCUGAAUGGAAUGCUGGUGAAGCCAUACCUUGGCUUCCGCGUCAACGUGAACAGCGACACGCAGACGCCGCGGCGCACGACGAUCAGCAUUCGCGAGGUGACGCCGCAGUAUGUUAACGCUGACGGCGCGGACGUUGACGGGCCGGCGCAGGUAGCUGGUCUGCAGGUGGGAGACCAGCUCGUGCGCUUUGCCGGGUACGCUGUGACUGACCUCGCCGCCUUCAACGCGGUGGUGUCGCGUCACGUGCACGCCGGUGCGGAGCUGCCGGUGGUGAUCCUGCGAAGCGGCGAGCAGCUCUGCAAGACGAUCGUGGUGGGUAGCCGCGCCGCUGCUGAUGUGUAG